UUCCUUCCCGCCCCGCGCCCGAACCCCGGCCGCCAUUCGGCACAGCUUAACCUAACAAUUCUCAGAAUUUUGACUGAGAGCUCCGUCCAUUGUCGCGGGAAGAGCCGUCUCGCCGUUUUGUCUUUGUACGCUUCUCUUCUGGGUUGUCGAGUCGCGUCAACCCGCCUUCGAAAUUUCCUAGUGUUUGUCAAUCUGACGCGCUUUGCUCAUCUUCCAGACUACCUACUUCUCUCGCAAAGUGCAAUAAUGGCUUCCCUCACGCGGAGCAUCGUCAUCGGUCCACUCUCCCGGUCUUCCUCCAAAUCCACGAGCUCCUCGAUAUGCGCGCAUUGUCGGCGCACCUUCGUUAGCAGUCCCGCCCUGCAGUCUGGCCAUAACAAGUGGUCCAAGAUCAAGCAUGAAAAGGCCGCCGCCGACGCCAAGAAAAAUGCAGCCAGGACCGUCUUCACCAAGAACAUCACCUUGUACUCGAAGCUCUAUGGACCCAAUCUCAACGAUAACCCGCAGCUUGCCACUAUCGUCGCGGCGGCCAAGAAGGCCGGUACCCCCAAGGCCUUAAUCGAGGGAGCCAUCGCCCGAGGCCAGGGCAAGUCGUCGGAAGGCGCUACCCUAGAGCCCGUGAUAUACGAGGCGAUUGUACCACCCAACAUCGCUCUGGUGGUGGACGCUGCGACAGAAAACACGAAGCGCGUUAUAGAAGACUUGAACCAGAUGGUGAAGAAGGCGAACGGUGCCAAGAGCCCGUCCAAGUUCCUCUUCGAGCGGAGAGGCCGCGUGAUCUUUGAGAAGGGCGAGAGCGGCCUGGACGUAGAUGACAUCAUGGAGGAUGCGAUUGAGGCUGGCGCUGAGGAUCUCGAGAACGACGAAGAGGGCAACAUUAUUGUCUGGUCGGACCCCUCGUCAACUCAGCAGAUCUGCAAGGCUGUUGGAUCCAAGUUCAACCUCAAGAUCGCCGAAUCCGACAUUGUGUGGCAUGCCAUUGAGGAUACCAAAGCUCCUCUGGACUCGUCCGACGAGUUGGUCAAGUUUAUGGACCUCCUCACAAGCAUCAAAGACUACCCUGAUGUCCAGGCGAUCUGGUCCAACGUAUCCAGGGGAAACAUGAGCGAUGACGAGUGGGCCAGGGUGACUGAACUCAUUGACGAGUAGCCCUGGCCUGAAAAGCAAAAAGAAGGGACAUAACAAAUGACU